GGAACGGUUUAGUCGCGUGACGCCUUCCACGCGCGUGGCGCUAAAAAUAUAUUGGAAAUCUUCCUGUUUAGCUGAUUUAGGAAGUAUUUUUUUUACUGUUGAGCGGACGUGCUUCCCUAGAAUGAUCGUCUUAACUGUGGGAUUUCGAGAGAGACAGAAGAAGGUCUUUGGUCGCACGUUGUACAAGUCAAUCAAGUCGCGUUGUUUCUGUUGUUUACAAAUGACUCGAAGCCGCCUGCAGCUGACUCUUGCAAUUUUAAAACCAGACCUAAUGAUGCAUCCUAUGAGAACUAAGGAGGUGAAGACCAUCAUAAAGGACAAUGGAUUUCUUGUAAUUCAAUCAAAAGUUACAACAUUCCGCCGAGAGGAGGCAGAGAAGUUUUAUGAGGAACACAGAGAGCGCUUUUUCUUCAACAGGCUUACUGGAUUUAUGAGCAGUGGUCCAAUGACAGCCAUGGUCCUUGCUAAAGAAAACGGCAUUGCACACUGGCGAGAUCUAAUGGGGCCCACAAAGACUUACAGGGCCAGAGAUCUCGCUCCCACAAGUAUCAGAGCGCUUUAUGGCAUAAGUGAUACUAGGAAUGCUACCCACGGUUCAGACUCAGAUGACUCUGCCAAAAAAGAAAUCACUUUUUUCUUUCCCGAGUUUGACUGUGAUACCUGGUUCGAUACACACGAGGCGUUGUAUCGCGAAAAUAGGCACAGAGUGGCCUGGGACGAUGAACAAGGUAUUCACUACUUUAAAUAACAGAAACUUUGUUUUGUCGGCCGUGGACCCAGUGAAGAUGAAGACGUAAGCAUUUGCAAGGUAUUGGAGAAACAAAGACUGCGGGCAAUUUUGUCUGCGCUCCGGGACUACUCAAUUCGUGCCAUAAUGAUAUGGUGGCAAGUGUGUGUUAAGUGAAACUGAACGUACAGAGAACUGUUUUGUCAAUUAACAGAAGUGGUUCUCGUGCUCGCACUCGAAAGACUUGUCAAGCACUUCACUUGUGAAGGCAACCUCGUUUCCAGGGUCUCUCAUCUCGCCGCCCUCCCGGAGCGUUCAGAGCGGAAAAACGUACUGCGCAGCUUUCUGCGCAUCCCUAAUCCUACUUGCGGGCUCAGGUAAUAAUACACGGCGGACUGCUAACGAGGUACGCGAGGAUGUCGCUCGGUUGAUUUAUUUAUACUUGGGCAACCAUAAUUUUUUUCGGCAUUUCUCUGUUAAGAAAACAAGGCUCCCCCUGCCUGCCUGCUGAAAGGCUCUCUUGCUUAUAUAUCCAGUGGUGUGCUUAUAUGGAUGCAAUACGUAAAGAGUGUUGGUGAAAAAAAAGUCUUCGCACCGUGAUGUCUUGUAUACCUCGGGGAAAUAAAGGGUUCGGAAACCUUCUUCAGGUUCAGUUUAUCCGAAGAAAAUUGAUUCCCCACGAAAACAAUACACCAGCUUUCCCAUGGUCUUCCAUCAGUGACGUUAAAAUGUUGCUACUUUCGAUCGACGAAAUUCCCGCCAUUUCUUCAAACUUCGAGCCUGGCGCGGUUCCGAAACUCGCGCAUGCUUAUUACGUUUUUCCGCUCUGCACCCGGAGCGAGGGAGAAGGGCGGCACGACAAGAGACCCUGGAACGAGGUAGUUGUCAUCGUCGUACAUAGAACACCACGUGAAUAUCUGUUAUCACACACAUUAACCUGAUGUAUUUAUAGUUAUGUACCAAAAUACGGUUUAGUGUUUCGGGUGAAAUAUUAAUGACACUGACAUUCCAGGAAUCGCGGUUUCGCUUUCAAAAUAACCAUCCUCUAUUUAGAAUGAUGUUUCGACACAAUUCGAGAAAACGUUGUUUAAGAAGCAGUUCAUGCCCAAAAUAUAUUUAUUUUAUAUUGCCAGGGGUUUAGGGUUAAAGUUUGAGAAUCACAUUUUUUCUCAUUUUAUUUUCUCUGUUUUCCCAGAUACUUGAAUUAUGUUGUUUUGUCUAAAUAAAGGCUUAGUUGAUUUAUUUUUUGGUCGCAUUUCUCCGCUGCCCUAAAUUUGGUUCUCUGUUUUCCCAGAUACUUGAAUUAUGUUGUUUUGUGUAAAUAAAGGUUUGGUUGGUUUAUUUUGUGGUCGCAUUUCUCCACUGCCCUACAUUUGCAGGCAAAAACUGCUGAGAUAAAUUAAAACAAGAGCAUACUUUUACUAAGACCCUUGAUUGAGAUCAAAUGGGAGCCAUUCGUUUGGUGUAAAAACAACAUUGAUUAGUUGGGCUAGGAGAGAGCUCACUGUCAACUAGCCCCCCUUAAAGUCCUAAGUGAGCUUUAGGUGUAGCCCAGUCGCUUCAAUGCGGGUCACGUAAGAUUGUGUGCGUGACGUAAGAUUGCGUAUGGGACUAAUGCAAUCCCUCUAUUUUGCUGCACUGAAUCAUGGAAACCAGAUUUUUUCUGUAAACGACUGCCUUCUCUGUGCGCUGUUGAGCCAGGCAAUGUUCAAUCUGCAGCCUUAACUCGCUCCCCGGGGCGCGGAGAUCCUGCCGGAGGCCCCGGCGAAAGCUUUUAAAACUGGACGGAGUCAAUAUUCCGCGCAAUGCCCUUUCAUUAAGUUGCAACUUUGCAACAUAGUGCCUUACAACAGAUGACGCACUUGUUUGGUUUACCCUCUUGCCCCCCCCCCCCCCAACUUCCAUUGAAUGCUGAGGUCAAACAUUGUACCGGGGUGGGGGGGUGCAUUUGGUCUUUGAAGUGGAUGCAGAGAGAAGGAGAACAGAGGCUAGAGACGAAAACAAUAUGACAAUACGGUGCAAUUUGAGAAGGCAUAACAUAACUAUAUUUUUUAAAAAAGCUUUGUUUCAAAAAUUCCAGACUUUGCGGUCAGCAGGGCUCAUCCGGUAUUUACUCUUUGUAGGUUUCCUGUCGUCCUUAACGUAGUCAUCCGUAUGUGACAUUUUAAAAAUUCCUGUUCCUCACAUUAUAGAAAGUUCAUUUGGUCUGCAAUCUGCACGCGCCGGUUUGGGUGGGUUUAAGAGAGUGCCCUUAACCACGGUCUAUUUUAAGGACUUGUUUGGGAUAAAAAUAAGCCUCGCGUUAAACGUAAAAGGAAAUUUAAUGAUUUUAUUUACUAGCGACCGAACAAAAAACACUUGUGCAGUUUCGUGGCGCAUAUCAAGAUCUGGGACUUGACCCGAGAAGUAAACAGCACUUGCUGAGACCUGUUCAGAACAAUUGGUCAUUUUAAGAUCAUUUGAUCACUGUUCAGUCGAUAGCACGCCUUGUCUUGUAAAAGACACAAAGCUGAAAUAUGGUUUGGGAAUUGCCGUCCUGUUGUGAAGUCGUUUAACCUCAAGAGAUCAAUCAGUUCAGUGGAGCAUUGAAGAAGAACGUCAUCUGCCUAAUGCACUGUAUCAUCUCAGGCUUUAUAGUAAUCUUUGGUUUUUAGUCACGUACCUAAGUUAUGUCAAUACUGUCAAUAUUGUGUUUAUUGCCAGCCAGGAGCCACAAUGGGAGCUUGACACAUAUAUUAUCUACUUCUCAUGA